AAUCCCUCGAUGCCAAACAGAGGAUCCUAACUCGUAUAACACAUGGGUGACAUGGCUCAUAGUUCAUAAAUCAUACCCUCUCACACCAGAUCAAUUUUUCUCUUCUAUUCUUCCUUAAAACUCUUCGAGAAGAACCGUCAAAUCUCCUUCAUCGUCGAUAACCCAGAAAAUAUUCGUUCUUGCUACUAAAAUGGCACCCUUGAGGGGCAUUCUUAACCUUCAAAGGAUAGGGAACUUACAGCGCCACUCUAACCACUGGGUUGCUGGGUGUAGCAGAUAUUUCAACACUCAGGCUGCUUCAACAUCCUCUACUCCUCAACCUCCACCCCCUCCUCCUCCUCCUGAGAAAACUCAUUUUGGUGGCUUGAAAGAUGAGGAUCGUAUUUUCACUAAUUUAUAUGGGUUGAACGAUCCUUUUCUCAAAGGUGCUAUGAAACGUGGUGAUUGGCAUAGAACAAAGGACUUGGUUUUGAAGGGUUCUGAUUGGAUAGUUAAUGAAAUGAAGAAGUCUGGUCUUCGUGGACGUGGUGGUGCUGGUUUUCCAUCAGGUCUUAAAUGGUCAUUCAUGCCAAAAGCGUCUGAUGGUCGUCCCUCAUACCUUGUUGUCAAUGCAGAUGAGAGUGAACCUGGAACCUGCAAGGACAGAGAAAUUAUGAGGCAUGACCCCCACAAACUGCUUGAGGGAUGCCUAAUUGCUGGAGUAGGAAUGAGGGCCCGGGCUGCUUAUAUAUAUAUAAGAGGUGAAUAUGUAAAUGAACGUUUAAAUUUGCAGAAAGCGAGGAAAGAAGCUUAUGAAGCUGGGUUCUUGGGAAAGAAUGCAUGUGGUUCUGGUUAUGAUUUUGAUGUCCAUAUCCAUUUUGGUGCUGGUGCCUACAUAUGUGGUGAAGAGACUGCUCUUUUGGAGAGUCUUGAAGGAAAGCAAGGCAAACCGAGAUUGAAGCCCCCAUUCCCUGCGAAUGCUGGACUGUAUGGUUGUCCUACCACUGUAACAAAUGUGGAGACAGUUGCUGUAUCCCCCACCAUUCUCAGGCGUGGCCCCGAAUGGUUUGCUAGUUUUGGCAGGAAGAACAAUUCAGGGACUAAGCUAUUCUGUAUUUCGGGUCAUGUUAAUAAGCCUUGCACAGUUGAAGAAGAAAUGAGCAUCCCAUUGAAGGAAUUGAUUGAGAGGCACUGUGGUGGAGUGCGAGGUGGAUGGGACAAUUUGCUUGCCGUGAUUCCUGGGGGUUCUUCAGUCCCCUUGCUUCCGAAACACUUAUGUGAUGACGUGCUGAUGGAUUUUGAUGCCCUCAAGGCCGUUCAAUCUGGUUUGGGGACUGCUGCUGUGAUUGUGAUGGACAAGUCAACUGAUGUUGUUGACGCAAUCGCAAGAUUAUCUUAUUUCUACAAGCACGAGAGUUGUGGUCAAUGUACUCCAUGCAGGGAAGGAACAGGAUGGCUAUGGAUGAUAAUGGAGAGGUUGAAAGUUGGGAACGCAAAGUUGGAGGAGAUUGAUAUGCUUCAAGAGUUGACGAAGCAGAUUGAGGGGCACACUAUUUGUGCUUUGGGUGACGCUGCUGCAUGGCCAGUGCAAGGUCUUAUCAGACACUUCCGACCAGAGCUAGAACGAAGGAUCAAAGAACAUGCAUCCAAGGAGUUGAUCGAAUCUGAAAAAAGAGGUCUACUGGAGGCUACGGCUUAGAUCUUCUGAUGCAGGAAAUCUCUCCUACUAUCGGAAAUUUGUUGAAAUAAGAGAAAACGACAAAAUUCUCUCAAUGUAUACUUCAGGAAGUUGCUCAAGCACAUGUAUGUUCUAGUAAUUUGUUUUGCUUGGAAGAUUUAUCAACCUAAUGACUGUAUUCAUUUUAUCGCAAUAACCUCCCUACUCUUUUGAGUAUGAUGAUGAUAACGAUGAUGAACUUCCCUAUUAUUUUGAGUAUGUGUCUGGACGGACACAAAAAAUUUUACAUUGUUAUUUGCUGGUUUUAGGCUACGCAGACAUUAUUCCCAAUACUGUUCGAUCAAUAAUGCCAUCUUGUAUGAAAUUGUGCUUCAUGAGA